CUCAUCCUCCAAGCCAAGAACAAACACGUCGGCCGAUUAUCAGUGGCUUCUACUCUUCUCCAAUCUUUAUCCUUUUGAUUCAAGAAAAAUGACAAAAAGCACCUUCAAGCAAGCACAUGAGUUUGAGAAGAGGCGUGCUGAGGCUUCGAGGAUCAGAGAAAAGUACCCUGAUAGAAUUCCAGUGAUUGUGGAGAGGGCAGAGAGAAGCGAUAUUCCCAACAUUGACAAGAAAAAAUACCUAGUACCAGCUGAUCUAACUGUUGGUCAAUUUGUCUAUGUCAUCCGCAAGAGGAUCAAACUGAGUGCAGAAAAGGCCAUCUUCAUAUUUGUGGACAAUGUUCUCCCACCUACAGGAGCUGUAAUGUCUACUAUCUAUGAUGACAAGAAGGAUGGCGAUGGAUUUCUGUAUGUUUCAUACAGUGGUGAAAACACAUUUGGGUAGGGGGUGGGAGUUGCUUGAUUACUUUUCAUCGUUUAUGUUUCUGAAGUGUUCAGUUGUCUUUAAUCAACAGCUCUUUUAUUUAAGUUCGAGCAUUGUUUAUUUCUCUGUACAGUAAUAGUUUGUGUAUACAACUUUCCUGCAACACAUAAGAUGCCAUGUUAAUGAAUAAUUCCAAAUUGUCAACUGUCAAGU